AUGGAACCUGGUGUUAAAACGUGUUUAUUAAAGACUUCUCUUUUGUCUUCUUUAAACUCUUUCCUUUUCUACUUUCUUUCCUAUUUAUUCUUCACCUUCAGUUUCUUGCACCUUUUUUUUGUCUCAUUUCUUUCCCUCUCUUCCCUUAUUUUUCUAUUUCUUAUUUCUUCCCCUUUUUUCUUUUCUAUCGUUUUUUUUCUUAUUCUUCUCUUUCACUUCCUGCCUCUUUAUUUUCUUUCUUCUUCAUUUGCUUAUUCCACUCCUUCAGUUCCUUUUUAUUUGUCUUUUAUUCCUUCACUUUAUUCCUCUGCUUUAGAUUCCCUAUUUACUCCUCCUUGUUUUUCUCUUUCUACCACAGCUUCUCAAUUUUUCUCAUUCAGUUUCCUUCUUAUUACCUCAUUCAUUACUGAUGAUUCUCAUUCAGUUUCCUUCUUAUUAUUCAUUCAUUUUUUCUCAUUCAGUUUCCUUUUAUUACCUCAUUCAUUACUGAUGAUUCUUUCAGUUUCCUUCUUAUUACCUCAUUCAUUACUGAUGAUUCUCAUUCAGUUUCCUUCUUAUUACCUUUUCAUUACUGAUGAUUCUCAUUCAGUUUCCUUCUUAUUACCUCAUUCAUUACUGAUGAUUCAUUCAGUUUCCUUCUUAUUACCUCAUUCAUUACUGAUGAUUCUCAUUCAUUUCCUUCUUAUUACCUCAUUCAUUACUGAUGAUUCUCAUUCAGUUUCCUUCUUAUUACCUCAUUCAUUACUGAUGAUUCUCAUUCAGUUCCUUCUUACUUCUUCCCAAAUUCAUUCACUUGUUCUUCAAUUACUUCCUUUUUUCUUCUUAUACUUCUUCUGUUUCUUGUUUCUCAUUCUUUUUAAUCUGCUUUUUCUUCUUCCUUUGUCUCAACUUAUAUUUCUCCUUCAUUUCUUUCAUUCUCUCUCUGUUCUUUUAUUUCUUUUCAUUCAAUUCCUGUUUUCUCUUUUUAUUCUUUCGCCUUCCUUCAUUUCUUCUCUACUUCUUUCUUUUCUUGUUUAUUUUCUUCUUCAUCCUUCUUUUCCUUUUUCUAUCAUCUUUUUUCCUCUUUAUUUUAACUUUUCUUUGGUUUCUCUUCAUAUUCUUGUUGACUUUUUUUUAUUCCACAUGUUUUUUUUUCUUUCUUUCUUCUUUCCUUUUUUAUCAUUUUCAUUUAAUUUCUUCCUUUUCUUCUUUUCCUUUCUUUUUUCUUCUCUUUCAUUUUCUCACUUCUCCCUCAUAUUUUUUCAAUUUUGUUUCAUUUAG